AUGCGAUUGUACAACCUCCUUUUAACGUUGUUUAUCACUACAUCAACAGUGAAUUCACUGGUAUUCGUGGACUCUACACUUGCAUCUGCAUGUAUUUAUUAUGAAUUGCAAUUUGAUUGGGGUUGUGCUAGUAAAAAGAAUAACAUGAAAGGUUACACUUGUCGUUGUAAUAACAUCAAUUGGUUGGGUACAGUUACAAAUUGUAUCGCACAGGCAACAGAUUCAAAGCACUUGAUGGAACAUGCAUUUAAACAUGUUGCUACUCGUUGUAAGCAAAAAGCUGGAUUGCAUUUCACAUUGGAAGAUAUGUAUAAUUUCUAUGAAAAUGGUACAAAAUACUUAAGAGAUCCUACUGAAAACGACUUUUCACAUCCUGUUUAUGAAACUUUAAGUAAUAAUCAAACUAGUUUCGAAUGGUAUCAUAGAAGUUUUAAGAACUACACGGUAGCAGUCAGAACGUCACAAUGGUUCGGGUGGGGUUUAGUCUUUUAUUGGGUAGCAAUUGUAUCCAUUGCAAGCUUUUAUAACAUUAUGAGAAACAUAUUUGGUCGUGAAAUGCUAAAUAAUACAUUGAGAAGAAGAAUUGUAAUCCCAUCAAUCUUCAGGGAUUAUAAAGAUAGAACUUACUUCUUAUGGAAAUUUAUUCCCUUUAAUUUCUCGACUCGUCUAAAUACUUUGGUGGUUAUUGUAUUUCUAAUACAAACAAUUAUUAGUGUUGGUGUGGACUACUAUUUACCAUUGCCUCAUCCUUAUUUGACAUCUGGAUGGCAAAGAAAUUUGACUGUUGUUAGUUUUAGAACUGACUUAAUGUCUAUCUCUUUAUUCCCUAUAAUUUAUUUGUUUGGUAUUAGAAAUAAUCCAUUGAUUGAAAUUUCAGGUAUUUCUUAUUCAACCUUUAAUUACUUCCAUAAAUGGUGUGCUUACGUUUGUACCGUUCUAGCUUUUAUUCAUUCAAUCAUCUGGACAGCAUACGCUAUAAAAGAUGGAGGAUAUUCUGUCUGGUAUGUUGACGCUUAUUGGAAAUGGGGUAUUGGAGCUAUGAUUUUCUUAGCUUUAUUAAUUUCACAUAGUCAAAAGGUUAUUAGGGACAAUUUCUAUGAAACAUUUUUGGUUUUCCAUAAGGUUAUGAACAUUGCUUUCAUCCUAUGUAUGUAUUAUCAUUGUAAUACUUUAGGUUGGUUGGGAUGGAUUUGGUCAAUGGCUGGUAUAUGGAUAUAUGAUAGGUUGAUUAGAAUUCUUAAAAUUGUCUGGAACGGUGGAAUUCAUAAUGCAAGGUUAAUUGAUUGUGGGAAUGGUAUCCUAAAAAUAUCAGUUCCAUAUCCAAAGUUUGUAAAAUACCCAGUUGGAUCUUUUGCUUAUUUAUAUUUUAUUAAUCCAAAUGAAUUCUGGUUCUACACCUUCCAAUCUCAUCCAUUUACUAUAAUGACAAAUCCAAGGCACGAUCCUAAAAACCCUAAUCAUUUGCUCUUUUAUUUGAAAGCUAAUAAAGGUAUCACACGUUCUAUGUUAUCAAAGAUUCUGAAGUCAGGUUCAAGGACAGUAAAUUGUAAAAUGUUAAUUGAAGGACCAUAUGGGGCUUCUUUGCCAACGUUAAAGGUUUCAAGGAAAAGAUGUGUUGGUGUUGCUGGUGGUGUUGGUGUUAGUGCCGUUUAUCCUCAUAUUGUGGAACUCUAUCAAAAAAAUUACAGUACAGAUCUGAAACAUAAAUUCAUAUGGAUUAUUAAUGAUUUGAACUUUUUAGGUUGGUUUGGGGAAGACUUGGAUUGGUUAAUAUCUAAGAGUUGUGAAGUUACAAUCAUUUAUACAGGUAUGAAAAAUAAUGAUUUGGAAUACUAUUAUCCCUCAGAUAAGUCAUCUUUAUUGUCAUAUGACACAGAGUCAUUUGAAAAGAAAUAUAAUGUUAUUAACCUAGGGACCAGACCUAAUUUACACCAAUUAACUUUGGAAGAAAUUGAAGCAACUCAAAAUAUUUCUGAAGAUUUGGAAUUCUAUAGCUGUGGUUCUUCUGCUUUUAAUGACAAUUUCAGAGAUGCAAUUGCCAAAAACCUUGCUAAAAAUUGGUCAAUUGACAUUUCAUUAGAAGAGAAAAGUUUUACAUGGUAA